AUGUUCGUAUUCUCACCACCACCAUCAUCAUCAACCAACAAUGAGAACUCCACCAAUAUCGAUAAUUAUAAUAAUACAACAGUUGAUAAUAUAAAUGGAACUGAUUAUAAUGACAACGGUUUAAAUGACAAUGAUGGAAGUGAAAAAUAUAUAACAUUUGUACCUCAUAGUGGAUUACAUAAUCAAAGAAUAGGAUUAGAAAAUGCAAUAUUUAUUGCUUGGUUCCUAAAUAGAACAUUGAUU